GUGCGUUGUGUCGCGUCUUUGUGACGUCACGCUAUUGAUUUUAUAGGAGAUCGUCUUUUGGAGACGCCAUCUUAAAAUAAAGUGAUAUAAGUUUUGGUAGUGUAGAUUAUAGAGAAAAUCUAAAGUAAUCUUCUUUUGUAAAUUAACGAUUGAGCUUAGAUAAUUUUAUUAAAAUAUAAUCAGGUGUAACGGACCAAGUUGGUGGUCGGUGCGAGGGUGAACUCCUGAUGGUGUGUACAUCGCAGCAUGUCUGCACUCUCGACGCCGGGCGGCGGAGGCACUACGGCGCAGAGCAAGCCGACGUCCGGCAAGCAAAAAUAUCAGAAAUUGGACAUCAAUAGUUUAUACUGCGCCAACAGGAACGAAAAUUCAGAACCGUCCUCAGUAAAAUCUCAACUUAGCCGUAAACAUGGAAUGCAAAGUCUUGGAAAAGUUCCUUCAGCAAGGCGCCCACCAGCCAAUCUUCCUUCUUUGAAAACAGAAACGGGUCAAGAUCCUAACGCAAAUUCUGUAUCUACAAUAACUGCAACAGUAACUACUCAAGCAUCAUGCACCUCUCAGACAAUAACUACAUCCUCGAGCAGCGGUGUUGUUGCGGGAACAGCAUCUGGGGGAUGGGUACCUCUCCCGCCACCCUCAUCACCACACUUUCGCACAGAGUUUCCCUCGUUAGAGGCUGCCGCUCAACCCUCACACCGUUCUUCAGAUCAUUCUGUACUUCAGCCACAACUCAGACCACAAACGGAAGGCAGUUGGACGUGCGGUGGCACGGCCGGCGUGCGGCAAGAAACUACAUCGUCACCCGGCGCCGCGCCCGCCUCCGCGCCUGCUACACAGCAAACACCCGCUUACCGUGCCAUUCUACCAUCUUUCCUGAUGAAAGGUAGCAGUGGCACUGGAAUAGGCUUGGGAACAUUAAGCUCACUACGUGAUAAUAGAAACAAUAGUAGCGGCGGCGGGAACAGCAACUCUAAUAAUAGUAACAUGGCAAGCUCUAGACAAGCGCCGCGACCGCCUGCUACACCCCGAGCUGUUGAGGUUCUAACAGCUCGCCCAAUUCUACGUGAGGAACAAAUAUCUUCGCUUGACGAUAUCUCUCGUGAUGCAGGAUGGGCACAACAUGAUGAUAUAGAUUAUGAUCAAAAACUGGAUUUCUCUGAUGGUGAGUCAUCAACUCCAGCCACAAAAGUCAACACCAAAACUAAUAACCGAACCAGUAUUGACCAUGAUUGCAUGGAUAACAAAAUACAGGAUCCCGGCGAUGAAGACCAAUUAUGGGCGGAGCGAAGGCAAAAACAGAGUAAUGAAGUUGCUCAAGCAGUAGCUCGUGCACGCCAACGUAAGGAAGAAGAACAGCGACGACAAAUGCGCGACCCACAAGCGACUCAACAACCAUCGAAGGAUAUACGUGACAAAGGAGACAGAGGCGAUCGAGAUCGCAAUGACAUUAGAGAUAAAGACUUAGAGGUCAGAGAGAAGGAUAGAGCUGAUAACAGAGAAAAAGAUCGAUCAGAUAAUAAAGAUAAAGAUCGUAAUGAUUUACGUGAACGCGACUGCAGAGACAAAGAUCGAUUAGACAGAGACCGAGAUCGGGUUGAUAAUCGUGAUCGGUUUGAUCGGGAAAGGGAUCGUGAUCGUGAAAGAGACAGGCUAGUUGAUAAUAAGGAUAGAGCGAGAUUAGAAAACAGGGAUCGUCCAGAUGGUGAUAAAGAAAGAGAUUUACGAGAUCGUGAUCGUAACGACAACCGCGAUCGUAAUGAUAAUAGAGAUCGCAUGGACCGUGAUAGAUAUGAUAGAGAAAGAGAACGUAGUGACAGGGAUCGUGUUGAUCGGGACCGCGACUUUAGAGACAGAGAUAGAGAAUAUACACGAGAUCGUGAGCGUGAGCGUGAUCGUGAUCGCGAUCGCGAGCGUGAACGUGAUCGCGAUCGUGAGCGUGAACGUGAUCGCGAGCGCGAACGUGACCGCGAUCAAACAAAUGCGCCUUUUUCUAAAACUUUUCAGGCAAAUAUGCCUCCGCGCUUUUUAAGACAGCAACAAAGCAGACAGCAUAAGGAGGAGGACCAACACAAAGCUUGGUCAUUUACAGGAAAACCAGCACAGAGACGUCAAGAACCACCACCAUAUAAUGCUCCUAGACACACAUCGCACAAUGGCCGUCGUUCGUAUUCUAGAGAUUACUCUGAUCGUGAAGACGAAAUAAGAAGAGAUAAGGAUGGGCCAGGCCCUCAGUGGAGGUCGGAAAUGCAAGACUAUGAUAGAUCUGGCCGUGAAUUAGAUAGGUCUAAUUCAAAAGAUUCUUACAAAGAUUUUAAUGAUUAUAAAGACAGAAGAAAUGAUUCUGACAGAAAAUCUAUAGAUGCAACUAUUGAACAAAGCAGUAGAACUGCUGCUGAUAAACUAACAGAAGUCUUUGAAAGAAAAAGCAUUGGAUUAGCAGAACCAUUUGCUUCAGUAGACUCAACAGUGCAACCAGUUCCUGAGAGACGAGCUACACCAUCAUCAAAUUCACCACAAUGUGAAACAUUCGAAAAAGACUUCAGCAAAGCAUCAUGGGCUGAUGUUGCACAAGAAGAACAAAAUAACUCAAUUGUUGCAAAACCAUUGGAAAAAGAUGUAACAUUGCACAACAAAAUUGAACCUACAAGUACUGAAGCUAUGGAUGUAAUGAUAACACCUCAACAAAACAUAAAUAAUUCCAAUAGUUUUAUGCACUCAAAUCUCACCACUCAAAAUCAGACUAUCAGUUAUAAUAGUCACAUGUCAAGCACUCAAGUUCUAUCUCCUCAAAUCCAACAAACUCAAACUCACACUGUAAAUACACAAAUAAAUAUUCAAACUGCAAUUCCCAUUUCUUCAAGUAAUCAAUCUCAAUCCUCUAUAUUUACUGAUUCUCAUACUAUUUCUAAGUGUACUUCAAACCAAUCUCCUUCCAAACCAAAUAAUUCAGGUGAAAAUAUCUCUAGUAGCAUACCAAAACAAUCUUUACCGGAGCAAUUAUCUCUAACUAGUGUUGUUAAAUCUUCAAUUCCUGGUCAAAAAUCGGAAAAAGAUGUUUCGGAGACGGAAUCCAUAGCUUCGAAAUCUAGUACUGAUCCAUCUGGUAUAAUCGGAAAUAAAUUAGUGGAUUCACAUUCUAACGAAAAUAUUCAAGAUUGUCAAAAGCGUCAAUUAGAGGAUAAAAAGAAUGAGAAAUAUAACAAUGAACUUUUGAAUAAAAUACCGUUAAAGGAGCCCGUCGAAAGAAAAUCUAGUGGGUCUGGGUCUGAAAAGAAAGGCAGAGGAUUUGGUAGUAGUGGUUAUAAUGUUUAUAAUAGGGGUUGGGGAUCAAGAGAAUCUCGAGGACGACGUUCACAUCGAAGUUCUCGUUCCAAUAACAGAGCGAGUGAAUCUGACGGUUCGACAGACGGUAAUAAUGUAGAACGUAAAGAACGAAGAAGAGCUCCGCGUAGUCCACGUGGUCCUAAGAAACAAGAAAGACCAGAUGACACUAAUCACGUACCCCAUGAGCAAGGUCCACAAAUAACUGAUGGGUUAGAAAAUAGAGAACCAUUUGCACCGCGUGGACAGCCUUCUCGUCGAGGUAGAGGUGGUUUUCAAGGUACCAAUAGGCCACCAGCACCUGCUAAACGUGUAACUGGCUAUGGACCACCUAAUACAAAGAGUCCAUUUAGCCAAGCUAAUAGGGCCGUAAAGGAUAAUGAGGAUGUGAAAGAGACUCUGCUUGAUGAUAAAGAAAAGACUAAUCCCAAAAGCCGUACUAGUUCAUCUGUUGCUAAGGCACGUGAUCGUCGUUCAAAAGGUAUGGGAGGGCCAAUGAGUGGCGAGGACGAAAACUGGGAAACUACGUCAGAACAUUCCGAAAGCGGUGGUACUGGUAUGCAUCGUCGUCCUAAUGGAGGAAGACAAUCUGCUCAAUCACAAAAGGGGCAAAUAGGUAAUCGUAACCAAAACUCCAUCAAUCGUCAAAACAAUAGCCGUGGCCAACAGGCAGCUAAAAAGGAAGGAGAGAAUAAGAAUACUGAAAUAAUAGAGGCUAUUAGUGAUCUUAAGAUAUCAACUGCUAAUGAAACCGUUGAUGAUGGUUUCCAAGAAGUCCGUAAUAAAAAAAAUUCUAAGGAAUCGAGAAGUUCUAAUGGAAAAGAUGAAAAACAACCCAGAUCUCGUUCUAAUCAGGGUGGUGGUCGGAAUGGUUCCACUUCAAGAAAUUCCAAUGAUAAAUCAAACUCACGAGGAUCAGCUCCAGUAACUGCCAAAUCAAGUACACAAUACGAUCGACCUCGCCAAGCUAACUUAGCUCCGCGAUUUGUUAAACAAAGACAAAAACAACAAAUGGGCCUUUCGACCUUCGGUCCAGACACCGGCGCCGCUCCUCCACCUCCACCAGUUAAUGCAUGGGAUAAACCAAUUUCACAAACUUUACGCGGUAAUGUUGAAGAACCUCCAGAAAUCGUAGAUACUAAAUCGUGCCAAUCGAGUCAGCGAAGUACACCAGGCGAUGUCGCAAUGGAUAAUAAUAAGACUCCUGCGGCACCAUGCGCUGUUUCUGAUAAAACAGGUGUUCUUGAUGGAAGUACACCUCCUGUAGAAACCAUUAUAUUUGAGAAUACUAAUUAUAAGACUGCUCCUCCAGCAGAAGCCUUGAAACAAAAAUAUCAACCUAGUGCAGCCACUGCUAAACCCCAAGGGGAAGAAGCUCAGACAGAAAUUGAACCGAGACCUUUACCCUUUAAUGGAGACGUUAGAUCACGAACGAGAUCCAUUCAAGAGCUUAUGGCGGAAUCUGGACGACCGGUAUCGGAGGCAGAAGGUUCAUUGGGAUUACAGAUGUCUUUUGAUACAUCUCAAAAGACAGAAGAUUCGUCAGAUAUGAAACUUGAUUUUGCUUUUGAUUCAGAUCUUGGUCAGCUAACAGAAGAUAAGGCGGCAAAGACUCUUGGAUUACCGCGAGGGGUGCACAUGAGUACUUCAAAUACUAUUUCACCACUAGCAGCAGAUCUCAAUUUAAAGAUUGCUAGUGUUAAAAAAGUUUGGGAAAUGCCUGCAGUGGCAGAAGGUACUGAGGAGCUACAAUUUCCUGUUUUUGAAGAAAGUAAUACUGAAACUGGUGCUCCUCCUAAUGUAUGUAAAGUAAAGCCCACCCAGCAACUACAAUCACCUCCACCUCAGCAUUACAAUCAUGUUAGCUAUCAAGGAGGUUAUGGCGGCCUUUCAGUUCCUUCACCUCCAGCUGUUUUAUAUAAUUCAUCUCAACAAAUAUUGGGAUCGUCACAACAACUACAACAACAAGGGGGCUUGUAUGGUGCCUUCUUGGAUCAGACUCGCGGUCAAUUUGGUGGAUUUCCUGGAACUCCGUAUGGUGCUGGCUCAGCUACACCAUAUAAUUACCAACCUCCAGAUAUGUUCCAGAGUCUCCCAAGUCAAUACCGCAUGGCAGCAGCUGCUGGAGGCGGCGCAGCCUAUGGACAGUCAGGGCAACUGGGAAACAGCCCUAGCACUGUUUUAAUUUCAAGUACUUCAAAUUCACUUAUGUCUGCUACUGUUAAACCCUCGUCUCAACAAAUCGGUGCCAUUGAAUGUAUUUUUAAAUCAGGCAGCAAAGGCGGCGGUGUUGGUGGAGUCGGUGGUGUAGGUGGCGUGAACACGUUCCAACAACAAUACUUGGGUUAUUCGGGCCCGGUGGGUGAGGCACCAUACUCACUACCCGGCCUUAUGCCGCGGCCUGCACCGCCAGCAUCUUCGUACUACUCGCCCUACCAGCCACCUACGGCUCCAGCACCGAAUUAUCCGCUGCAAUUCACGCAGCCCGCGCAGUCUAGUGCUUUCAGUUCACAGUUCCUCUCGUCUCAGCUGCAUGUCGCAGCAGCAGCUGCUGUCCAGCAGAUGCAGCAACAAUAUCGAGCUCCACCGCUGCAACAGCAAUAUGCGCCUCCUCAACCGCGGCCGCCACCACAACAACAGCUCAAGAGCCCACUUCAUGAACAUGCAAAUGGAUUCGCACCUCUUUGUGAUUCUGCUUCGCCCACGCCCAAAGGCGCCUCGAAGCCACAAAAACCACCACACUCGCCGCCGCAGCACAAGUAUCACGCGCCACCACCUCAUCAGCAACAUCCGGCUCACCCACCACCUUCGCACACUCCUCAUCAACAUCACCAGCAACAUCAACAACAUCAGCAAUUAGUAGGCAGUGGAAACAAUGGUCGGGGUGGUAACGUAACAGGCGGCGGAAAUGGUAAUGGAAUGAAUCGUGGUAUGGUUGGGCAACGCUAUCCGGCGCCUAUCCAGCGACCCCAUGCGCCCGCCAUGCCGAUGUAUCGUGCACCGCCCGCGCCUCGCACUCACAAUACGCCCCGUCCCAAUCUCUACUACCAUCACCACCAACGCAACGGUGGAAAUGGCCCGGAACGAGUGACCGAAGUUGGAGAGGUAGCGCCGAACGUGGAGGAGGCAGGCGAUAACACGCCCACUGGCGAAGCGCCCCCACCUGCCGAGGUGAAAGCCGAGUGAGCCAAGGCCUCGUCGCGCACCUCACGCCUCCCCCCCGCCCCCUGCGCGGCCCUCGAGCACGCCGACGUUCGACAGACGUUCGCCUCCGCCGACGUCGCCUGACUUAGGUUCUCGGUAUUUUAAGUCGUAAAUUAUGGAAGUGAUUUUAAUAUUGUUUAAGAUUCGUACGGAAUCGAUGCGCCGUCCGUCUCGGCCGACCCGAGAACGGUGCGCCGCCGCCACGGUGUGCGAAUGGUGUUUCGUUUGUUUGUAUGUAAAUAUAUUGAUCGGACUGACAUCCGGCUGUCUAUUUGACUGUUAUAUUUUAAGUAUAUAUGUAUAAAAGCGAAAGGUCGGCGGCCUCGCUGAGUACGACCAAUGCACUGCGGGGACUGUGCGUCUUUACUAACCGAUGCUGCCUCGAGACAUCUCACUAGUAAAUAUGUAGCCACGGUUUUUGCAUAACGAAUGUCGAUGCAAUAUAAAUAAAUAAUAAUGUAAUUUGGAGCGAAGAUCGCCGAGUGGCGCUCGGCUUCUGCUGACGGGUGCGCGUUAGCGCUCCAUGUAUCAUAAUCAAUUAUUAUAUGCGAAUAAAAUUAUUAUGACCGAAAAA